CUUGGUGAUCGCCAGGAUAGCCAGAAAUCCAGAUCUGACGAAGGCGUCAUCGUAUAUGUGGACCAAAGUGGUGAAGCAGCAUACCGUGACAAUGAAUCUCCGAUGCGUUUCGACCGCUUUUCCAGGGUUUCUCGUUCCUUUCAUGGAGGCACAAAAGUCACGGCAUUCUUUGAUCGCGUUCGUGACGAUUGUAGUGAUCUGGCGGGAGCUGAUUUGACAAGUGUUCAACCGCAUAACAUUCAUGUGACUGUGCCGAGCGAAAGUUCAGAACGCCGUACAUUUCUGAAUGGGCUGCCUUCCGAACCUUCUUCUUCUACCUCGGAGGGGAGCAGCAAUUUUAUCGCAGCUACUGAACAAUUACCUUUGAGGAUGAGGUCGCUUUCGUCUAACCUUGUACAGGUUUGCAUGUGCUUUGUCUACAGUGAGAAGAGAAAAGUGGGUAGGUUUAGAGCUAGUAAUUUGGCCUUU